AUGAUGAAUUCCCUACCUACUGAUCUCUUUCUCGAGAUAUUCUCAAGACUGCCUGCAAAGUCAGUCGCAAAGUGUCUUUUCGUGUCGAAGCAAUGGGCAUCCAUACUUGGCGGUCAAGAUUUCACAGAGUUGUUCCUCACCAGGUCCUCGACUCGUCCGCGUCUCUUAUUUGCCAUCAAAGAAGUUCAAAACAGCGAGCUGCACUUCUUCUCGUCUCCUCAGCCUCAAAAUCCGUAUGAAAAGUCGUCUCUUGUAGUAGUAUCCCCCGAUUCUCAUAUCAAGUUCCCCAAAGGCAUGCAUCGAGAAUUUUGUGGUCAUACCUCUGGUUUGAUUUUUAUCCAUGGUAAUUUGAUCUCAAACAAUAGCGUGCAGGUGAUAAGUAACCCUAGCACGGGGCAGUGUGCGAGCUUACCUAAACUGAAAACAACAAACGUAUAUUCGAAAAGUUAUUUAGGGUUUGAUCCCAUUGGCAAGCAAUUCAAGGUAUUGUGUAUUGAUAACGGUAGUGCUAGAAUUCUGACAUUAGGAACAGGGAAAAUGACGUGGAGAAAUAUCCAAUACUCCUUAACCCAUGAGCCUUUAUACGAAGGGAUAUGCAUCAAUGAGGUUUUGUAUUACGUAGCUCAAAGAACUGAUGAAACGUCUUAUGGGAUAGUUUGCUUUGAUGUUAGGUCUGAGAAAUUCAACUUUAUUAACACAAAAAUCUUUUAUAAGUUGAUAAACUAUAAGGGUAAAUUAGGCCGGGUUGGUUUGGAUUAUAUUUACGAUGGUGGAAGUUGUACGAUUGAGCUGCGUUUGUUGGUUCUAGAAGAUGUCGAAAAGGGGGAAUGGUCGGAUAAUGUCUAUUUUUUACGGGAUGAUAAAUUCCUUGAUGGCGGCCGCAGUGGUUUCCGCUAUCUUGACGUAGCUGGAGCGACAGCUAUGGGUGACAUUGUUUUGUCGAUGGCAAACACAUCUAAACGCCAGUUUUAUGUUUUCUACUUCAAUCCCGAAAGGAAGACUCUACAAAGUGUUGAAAUUCAAGGAUUUGGAGAUAUAUUUUUUUUUUUGCUAAACUGUAAAUAUCAUAUAAAUGAAGAUGAUGGUUUUACAUAG